GGCCAGUGCGCCCCCCGCUCGUCAGCCCGGCCGUCCGCGCCCCGCCCAGCGCCCACCCACCCCAGCCCGACCGUCCCGGCCCCGAUCAGCCCUCCCUGCGGCCUCUUCUCUUCCCGGUGCCGGCGGCCGCGAGGCGGGAUGCUGUGGGCGCUGGUCCUGCCGGCCCUCUGGGCCUCCUGCGGAGCUCAGGCCGGUGACCAGGACGAGGACACGGCCUUCGACCUUUUCAGCAUCAGCAACAUCAACCGCAAGACCAUCGGGGCCAAGCAGUUCCGGGGGCCCGACCCCGGCGUGCCGGCCUACCGCUUCGUGCGCUUCGACUACAUCCCGCCCGUGAGUGCCGACCAGCUGGGCCGGAUCGCCCGGCUCAUGCGGCAGCGGGAGGGCUUCUUCCUGACGGCCAGCCUGCGGCAGGACCGCAAGUCGAGGGGCACGCUGCUGGCCCUCGAGGGCCCCGGCGCGCACAGGCAGUUCGAGCUGGUCUCCAACGGCCCAGCCGACACGCUGGACCUCACCUACUGGGUGGACGGCACCCAGCACGUGCUGUCCCUGGAGGACGUGGGCCUGGCCGACGCCCAGUGGAAGAACGUCACCGUGCAGGUGGCGGGCGAGACGUUCAGCCUGUACGUGGGCUGCGCCCUGAUCGACAGCUUCACGCUGGACGAGCCCUUCUACGAGCAGCUGACGACGGACAAGAGCAGGAUGUACGUGGCCAAAGGCUCCGCCCGGGAGAGCCACUUCCGGGGGUUGCUGCAGAACGUCUACUUAGUGUUUGAAGAUUCGGUGGAAGACGUUCUCAGCAGGAAAGGCUGUCCGCAAAGCCAGGGAGCGGAGGCCAACGCCAUCAGCGAGAACACGGAGACGCUGCACCUGAGCCCGGCGGUCACCACGGCGUACGUGGGCCCCAGCGCGGCGCAGCGGCCGGGCGUGUGCGAGCGCUCCUGCGAGGAGCUGGGCAGCAUGGCCAGCGAGCUGUCGGGGCUGCGCGUCGUCGUCAACCAGCUGCACGAGAGCCUCCGGAAAGUGUCCAACGACAACCAGUUCCUCUGGGAGCUCAUCGGGGGCCCCCCGAAGACCAGGAACAUGUCCGCGUGCUGGCAGGACGGCCGGUUCUUCGCGGAAAACGAGACCUGGGUGGUGGACAGCUGCACCAAAUGCACCUGCAAGAAAUUUAAAACCGUCUGCCACCAAAUCUCCUGCCCGCCGGUGACCUGCGCGAACCCGUCGCUGCUGGAGGGGGACUGCUGCCCCUCCUGCUUCCACUCGGCCGACGGUGAGGAGGGCUGGUCCCCGUGGGCCGAGUGGACCCAGUGCUCCGUCACCUGUGGGCCCGGCACCCAGCAGAGAGGAAGGUCCUGCGACGUCACCAGCAACACCUGCCUGGGGCCCUCCAUCCAGACGCGGGCCUGCAGCCUGGGCAAGUGCGACCACCGCAUCCGGCAGGACGGCGGCUGGAGCCACUGGUCGCCCUGGUCCUCCUGCUCCGCGACCUGUGGGGUCGGCAACAUCACGCGGAUCCGUCUCUGCAACUCGCCGGUGCCCCAGAUGGGGGGCAAGGGCUGCAAAGGCAGUGGCCGCGAGACGAAAGGCUGCCAGGGAGCCCCGUGUCCAAUCGACGGCCGCUGGAGCCCCUGGUCCCCGUGGUCCGCCUGCUCCGUCACCUGCGCCGGCGGCAUCCGUGAGCGGACGCGCGUCUGCAACAGCCCGGAGCCCCAGCACGGGGGGAAGGCCUGUGUGGGCGACCGCACGGAGCGGCAGAUGUGCAACAAGCGGAGCUGCCCCGCAGACGGCUGCCUGUCUAACCCCUGCUUCCCGGGCGCCCAGUGCAGCAGCUUCCCCGACGGCUCCUGGUCCUGCGGCUCCUGCCCAGUGGGUUUCCUGGGCAACGGGACCCACUGCGAGGACCUGGACGAGUGCGCCCUGGUCACCGACGUCUGCUUCUCCACGAGCAGCAAGUCCCAGCGCUGCGUCAACACCGACCCCGGGUUCCACUGCCUGCCCUGCCCGCCUCGCUACAAGGGCACCCAGCCCUUCGGGGUCGGCCUGGAGGCCGCGCAGACGGAAAAGCAGGUGUGCGAGCCCGAGAACCCGUGCCAGGACAAGACCCACCGCUGCCACCGGCAUGCCGAGUGCAUCUACCUGGGCCACUUCAGCGACCCCAUGUACAAGUGCGAGUGCCAGACGGGCUACGCGGGCGACGGGCUCAUCUGCGGGGAGGACUCGGACCUGGACGGCUGGCCCAACAAGAACCUGGUCUGUGCCACCAACGCCACCUACCACUGCAUCAAGGACAACUGCCCCCUGCUGCCCAACUCGGGGCAAGAAGACUUCGACAAGGACGGCAUCGGUGACGCCUGCGACGACGACGAUGACAACGAUGGCGUCAGCGACGAGAAGGACAACUGCCAGCUCCUCUUCAACCCGCGCCAGUUCGACUACGACAAGGACGAGGUGGGGGACCGCUGCGACAACUGCCCGCAGGUGCACAACCCCGCCCAGAUCGACACCGACCACAACGGCGAGGGCGACGCCUGCUCCGUGGACAUCGACGGCGACGACGUCUUCAACGAAGCGGACAACUGCCCCUACGUUCUACAACCCCGGACCAAGAGGGACACGGACGGCGACGGCGUGGGCGACCACUGCGACAACUGCCCCCUGGUGCACAACCCCGACCAGGUCGACGUGGACAACGACCUGGUGGGGGACCAGUGUGACGACAACGAGGACAUCGACGACGACGGCCACCAGAACAACCAGGACAACUGCCCCUACGUCUCCAACGCCAACCAGGCCGACCACGACAGCGACGGCCGCGGCGACGCCUGCGACUCGGACGACGACAACGAUGGGGUGCCCGACGACCGUGACAACUGCCGGCUGGUCUUCAACCCCGACCAGGAGGACGCGGACGGGGACGGGCGGGGCGACGCCUGCAGGGACGACUUCGACAACGACAGCGUCCCCGACAUCGACGACGUGUGUCCCGAGAACAGCGCCAUCAGCGAGACCGACUUCAGGAACUUCCAGAUGGUGCACCUGGACCCCAAGGGCACCACGCAGAUCGACCCCAACUGGGUGAUCCGCCACCAGGGCAAGGAGCUGGUGCAGACGGCCAACUCGGACCCCGGCAUCGCCGUGGGCUUCGACGAGUUCGGGUCCGUGGACUUCAGCGGCACCUUCUACGUGAACACCGACCGGGACGACGACUACGCCGGCUUCGUCUUCGGCUACCAGUCCAGCAGCCGCUUCUACGUGGUGAUGUGGAAGCAGGUGACCCAGACCUACUGGGAGGACCAGCCCACCCGCGCCUACGGCUACUCGGGCGUGUCCCUCAAGGUGGUCAACUCCACCACGGGCACCGGCGAGCACCUGCGGAACGCGCUGUGGCACACGGGGAACACGGCGGGGCAGGUGCGGACGCUGUGGCAUGACCCCAAAAACAUUGGCUGGAAGGACUACACCGCCUACAGGUGGCACCUGACACACAGGCCCCGGACAGGCUACAUACGGGUCUUGGUGCACGAAGGGAAGCAGGUCAUGGCAGACUCGGGACCCAUCUACGACCAAACCUACGCGGGCGGGCGGCUGGGCCUGUUCGUCUUCUCUCAAGAAAUGGUCUAUUUCUCGGACCUCAAGUACGAGUGCAGAGAUGUGUGACCCCGACUCGCGCGUGUCCCGCACGCACCGUAGAUGCUGUUACCAGACCCCUCAGCAUCCUGGUCCCCGGCUUCUCUCUCCGGCAGCGUCUCUGACCUUGACCUUAACUUCGAGCGGCUCUUCACCUCCUUCAACCCCAAGCCCAAGUGCCUCCAGGGGGCAGAUGCCAACGGGACCCGAAGAGGGACGCCCAGCCUGCCAGGAAGCAGUGACGGCACACGAGACUUGACGUGGCCUGACGGCCGCCGUGGCAUUGCUUCUUGUUUGUGUAGAGAGAACGACGUGUGCGUGUAAAGCGUGACUGCUGACCGUAUGUGCACACGGAGCUGCGGGCACGCUGUGCGUGAGGCGUCACCGUCACUCGGACCCCGUGCCCGGCUGCCGCUGCUCCUGUGGCGCUGUCCACGCUCGAGUCACGUUAGCUCCCACAGGAAGAGGCUCCCUCACGUCUGAAGUGGGGGUAGCCGGGCAACACAAACCCCUCCCCUAAUCUUUCCUACAGUGACAGCCCCCUCGGCAGAGAGAGAUGGGGUCUGCCCAGGAGGGAACAUCCUGCCCACUGGCUGGCGCACGGGCCGGGUGGGGCCUGGCGGGGCCUCACGGGGCUGCUCGAGCUGUCAAGGACUCGGAGAGCUCACCGGUCGCCACCUGCCCGCGUCUGACCCGAGUGCUCACCCGGCUUCUCUCCCACCUCUGCCCCGAGGCCAGGCAGGCAGAGACAGGCAGUGCCCGCCGGCGCCCGACUCCCAGUCAGGGCUCUGAAGCCACGGCCGUCGCCUGCACCCGACCGGUGACGCGUUUCAUUGAGGCUCCAGUGACACACGCUGUGCCCGUAUUUAUUGAAGGAGACAGAAGGCAGUUCCUCCAGGGACUCACUUGACAUCUGUCAGGGCUCACGGAGGGCGUGCGAGGUCCAGAAGCACCUGGCCAGCACGUGAGACAAAGGCGGUGACAGCAGAUCUUCCUGUCAAACACGGGGCUCGAUAAUUUAUGUUGUCAGACCAAGCGUGCUGUAAAAUGCGGUAGAAUAAACAAAUGGUGAUGAGCGCUGAGA